UGAAGAGGGGGAGGGGUUUGUGUGGUUUGUCAGACAAGUUUCCCGACAAACGGCCCGAGCAGGAAGCUGUUUCUCUCUCAGACUGUCUGCAGCCCUGAACAUGAAAGCUUGUGUGGAGGAAGAGGAGUCUCCAGGGUUCAGCUGUCUGUCUAUAAAGAGUGACAGGUCCAUGGGACAACCUAUGGCGUUCCCCAUUGGACCUGCACCUCCUUCACACACAAGAGGUUUCCACCGCAGCCAGAGUACAGAGUCAGAGGUCUCCAGAACGAGCGAGUGCAGCAAUGAUCCCCCGUUUGGCCUCAGUAGUGAACCUCAACCCCCAUGUACAAAAGGGAGGAAGAGGUGUGGUGGCGCUGAGGAAGAGCUGCAGUCCUGCUGUGUCCAAAGUCUGGCCUCUACCAGCUGUGGAGGGUUCUGCAGACAUCAUAUCACCUCACACUGGGACCAGUCUGUUUCAACAGGAACUCGAAUGCGGAGUCAGAGCAGCACUAUAGGAAAUCUACAGGAAGAUUUUGAUGCUUAUAAGUUCAGUCUGAGGAGGAGAUGUGAAUGUGUGGCAGAAGGAACAGAUGAAGCAGGAAGAGGAACCCUCCUCAACGGGAUCUACACUGAGCUCUACAUCACAGAGGGACAGAGUGAAGAGGUUAAUACCCAACAUGAGGUGAGGCAGCUUGAGAAAGCUUCCAAGAUGAAGACCCUCCAUGAGACUCCAAUCAAGUGCCAGGACAUCUUUAAAGCCUUACCUGACCAGCAGAGACACGUCAGAGUCGUUCUGACGUACGGCGUCGCUGGCAUCGGAAAAACCUUCUCAGUGCAGAAGUUCGGUCUGGACUGGGCAGAGGGCUUGGAAAACCAAGACGUCAGCCUGGUGGUUUUGCUUUCGUUCAGGGAGCUGAACUUGAUCAGAGAUGAGCAGUACAGUCUUCUGACGCUGCUCCGUGUUUUCCAUCCAACAUUACAGAAGGUGACAGCAGAGAAGCUCGCUGUCUGUAAGCUUUUGUUCAUCUUUGAUGGCCUGGAUGAAAGCAGACUUUCGCUGGAUUUCCACAACAAUGAGGUUUUGUCUGAUGUCUCACAGAAGUCAUCAGUCAACGUGCUGUUGACAAACCUCAUCAAGGGGAAUCUGCUUCCCUCGGCUCUCGUCUGGAUAACUUCCAGACCCGCAGCGGCCAAUCAGAUCCCUCCUACUUGUGUUGACAGGGUAACAGAAGUACGAGGCUUCACUGAUGCCCAGAAGGAGGAGUACUUCAGGAGGAGAUUCAGUGAUGAAGAUCUGUCCAGCAGAAUCAUCUCACACAUCAAGACCUCCAGGAGCCUCCACAUCAUGUGUCAAAUCCCAGUCUUCUGCUGGAUCACUGCUACAGUUCUGGAUCACAUGUUGACUUCAGACCAGAGAGGAGAGCUGCCCAAGACCCUGACUGACAUGUACUCCCACUUCCUGCUGGUUCAGACAAAGAGGAAGAAGCAGAAGUAUGAUGAGGGACAUGAGAUGAGUCCACAGGAGCUGAUGGAGGCUGACAGGGAAGUUCUUCUGAAGCUGGGGAGGCUGGCGUUUGAACAACUGGAGAAAGGAAACAUCAUGUUCUACCAAGAAGACCUGGAGCAGUGUGGUCUUGGUGUCAUGGACGGCUUGGUGUACUCAGGGGUUUGUACACAGAUCUUUAAAAGAGAGUGUGUGAUCUUCCAGAAAAGAGUUUACUGCUUUGUUCAUCUGAGCGUUCAGGAGUUUCUGGCUGCAGUCUUUAUUUUCCAUUGCCACACAAACAGGGACAACAAGACACUGGAGACAUUUCUGGGGAAAGCCUGGGGUAGGUAUCGUAGCUGUGACCCUUCUUUGGAUAUGUUCCUGAGUAAAGCCACAGAUGUAUCCCUGAAGAGCAAAAAUGGCCACCUGGACCUGUUUGUCCGCUUUCUUCACGGCCUUUCACUUGAGUCAAAUCAAAGACUAUUAGGAGCCCUUUUAGGCCGGACAGAGAACAGUCCAGAAAGCAUAGAGAAAGCAAGGCACAAUCUAAAGCAAAUGAGCACUUAUGACAUCUCUCCUGACAGAAGCAUCAACAUCUUUCAUUGUCUCAUGGAGAUGAAUGACCACUCAGUACAAGAGGAGAUUCAGAAGUACCUGAAGUUAGAAAACAAAUCAGAGAUGAAACUCUCCGAAAUCCACUGCUCAGCUCUGGCCUUCAUGCUGAAGAUCUCAGAGGAGGUCCUUGAUGUGCUGGACAUGAAGGCGUACAGGACAUCAGAGGAGGGACAACUUAGACUCAUCCCAGCGGUCAGGAACUGCAGAAAGGUUUGGCUUUCCUGUGGUCGACUCUUUGAGACUCACUGUGAAGUCUUGGCCUCAGCCCUGAAGUCCAACCCCUCCCAUCUUAGAGAGCUGGACCUGAGUAACAACCAACUGCAGGAUUCAGGAGUGAAGCUGCUGUCUGCUGGACUGGAGAGUCCACAAUGUAGACUGGAGAUUCUCAGAUUGAGUGACUGCUGGUUGUCCGAGAACUGCUGUUCUCCUCUGGCCUCGGCUCUGAAAUCCAACCCCUCCCAUCUGAGAGAGCUGGAACUGAGUAGCAACAAGCUGCAGGAUUCGGGAGUGAAGCUGCUGUCUGCUGGACUGGAGAGUCCAAAUUGUAGACUGGAGACUCUCAGUUUGAGGUACUGCAGCUUGUCAGAGAACAGCUGUUCUUCCCUGGCCUUGGUUCUCAAGUCCAACACCUCCAAUCUGCGAGAGCUGGACCUGAGCUGUAACAAGCUGCAUGAUUCAGGAGUGAAACUGCUGUCUGCUGGACUGGAGAGUCCACACUGUAGACUGGAGACUCUCAGACUGAGUUUCUGCAACUUAUCAGAGGGCAGUUGUACAUUUUUGGCCUCUGCUCUAAACUCCAACCCCUCCCAUCUAAGAGAGCUGGACCUGAGUGAUAACAAGCUGCAGGGGUCGGGAGUAAAGCUGCUGUCUGCUGGACUGGUGAGUCCAUACUGGAGACUUGAGACUCUCAGGGUGAAAUAAACCUUGAAUGCAGCUGACAGCUUUUAAAGAUGUUAUCAGCUGCAGACGCCGUCAUGUAGGAGUGUGUCCUUACACCUGCCGAGGCAAAGACUUAUUAGAACAACUUAGCAUCCUCUUAGUUCCUUUUCUAUUUCAGCUUCUGGAGUUUUCAAGAGGACGGCAGUAACAUUUCAGAGGAAAAUGCUCCAUAAGGAAUUUUUGGAGGUUGAAAAAACAAAACAAUACUCUUACUGUCUAAAGAAUCGUAGCAUUCGUCAAAGAUCCGUCUGUACGUUCUUCAAAGCCGACAAGCGACUGCCAUGCUGUGGAUUUUGGAAAAGUGGAGACAGUGAAGGAUACACAUCAGCUUCAUCAGGCUAAAGGAGGACACAUUCUGAAGCCUUCAGACAGCCUGAUUCACCCCGUAAUAAUGUUUUGGGUCUUAAAAUGUGGACUUCUAGAGAGAGAAAUCCACCUUAAAGCACCUUUUAAGACAAUGUGUCUGCCUGAGCUUUGUUAGACAUCUGGACUGUUCCAACCACACACUUCAAAUACAGGUCAACAUGUUUUCAUGUCUGUACGAUGCUUCCGUUGUAUUUUGUAUGGUAUGGCAUAACAUUUUAUCUAUUGUAUGUUUCAGUGAAUGUAUCUGUGCACUGAUAUAAAAUAAAGCAACUGAACUGGCA